AGUACAUGGGAUGUUGUGGUGUAAUAUUUCUAUAUGAUGCAUUGUUACUAAUAUAACACCAGCUAAUGUGGAAAUUAAUCUAUAUUAGCUUUUCUAUAUAGUAGUCUACCGAUUAACCCACCCGCAAGCUCUCGCUCCGUGGUGCUACGAGUUCAAUGGUCAACGCGACGCAAACUGCUCGCGCAGCCCAGAACGUCCCACAUACUCGCGCGACAUCAACAACAAUGGCAAACCGUAGUCUGUUUUGGUAGGAGAUUUCUGAUUGGAGCGAGACAGCCCGACAGCUCAGCCGCUGUGUUCACGUCUUAUUUCUUCUUUUAAAUCGGCGAGUUUUAUUUCCCGGACGAGAGUGGUCGUCUAUCGUUACAUUUUCCGUUUUUAAUUUUUUAUUUCGAAAAUGUGCGAGGCGCUGUUGGCAAGCUCACACAGUCUGUGCAUGUGUGUCCCUGCUGCUUUUCUGCUGGGCUACGGCUACUAACCUAGCUGCUUUUCACUCGGUGGUUAGCUAACGUUAGCCUGGCCGCGUUUAUUAACUUGAGGAGGGGAAAACACAAGCGAAUGUAAAGCGAGCUUGUGCUAUCUGUUUCGCGUUCACAGCCGUUAACUAUUUUCCAACCGUUGCUGUCGGCUACGGUAAGAAGUGUUGUAUGAUUUGUCGUAGAAGAUACUUUGCUGGCUAGCUAACAGGCUAGCUAUUUGUGUGUAUUCUUCGACUGAGGAAAACGGCGAGUUUUCUUUGAAAGUAUGGAUGACCAGACCAGGAUGCUGACGGGUCUCACCGGACUCGCUGGACUAGCACAAGCCGAUGUCGGUGACCCAGACUCGGUCAGGAAACAGCAGUCCCUCGGUCAACCUCAGCAAGACAUAGGGGAUAUCCUACAGCAAAUAAUGGCCAUCACCGACGAAAGCCUGGACGAAGCACAGGCCAGAUGCUGGCCAGAGGAAUCGCCGGCGCAUUGGGGUGGAUCAGACGACCCCACAGAGGGAGGGAGAGCAGGGGGGGGCAUGGCAGGGGGUGGCCUGCCACUCAACUUCCAGCACAGGAAGCAUGCCCUGAACUGUCACAGAAUGAAGCCAGCCCUCUUCAGCGUUCUCUGUGAGAUCAAAGAGAAGACGGUACUGAGUAUACGAGGAGUGCAGGAGGAGGACCCCCCAGAUCCCCAGAUCAUGCGGUUGGACAACAUGCUGCUAGCAGAGGGUGUGUCAGGACCAGAGAAGGGUGGCGGAUCAGCUGCAGCGGCUGCAGCAGCAGCAGCAGCGGGGGGCUCGCCUACCGACAGCAGCAUCGAACACUCCGACUACAGAGCCAAGCUCGCCCAGAUUCGCCAGAUCUAUCACUCUGAGCUGGAGAAGUAUGAGCAGGCCUGCAGUGAGUUCACCAACCAUGUAAUGAACCUGCUGAGAGAGCAGUCUCGCACACGGCCCAUCUCUCCCAAAGAGAUUGAGCGCAUGGUGGCCAUCAUCCACCGCAAGUUCAGCUCCAUUCAGAUGCAGCUCAAACAGAGCACCUGCGAAGCCGUCAUGAUUCUGCGCUCACGCUUCCUUGACGCCAGACGUAAGAGGCGCAACUUCAACAAGCAAGCUACAGAGGUGCUGAACGAGUAUUUCUACUCCCAUCUGUCUAACCCUUACCCCAGUGAGGAAGCCAAGGAGGAACUGGCCAAAAAGUGUGGGAUCACUGUGUCUCAGGUCUCUAAUUGGUUUGGCAACAAGAGAAUACGCUACAAGAAGAAUAUUGGUAAGUUCCAGGAGGAGGCGAACCUCUACGCAGUGAAAACAGCGGUGGAUGCUGCCAAUGUGUCUGCGCAGGCUAGCCAGGCUAACUCUCCGGCAACGCCCAACUCAGGUGGAUACCCUGCACCGUGCUACACACCUGACGGGCGGCUAUGAGGAGCUGUCGGGUAGUGGCCUCUACACCCCUCAUCGCCUGGAUAACACUCUCUUCCCUGACUGUUUGCAGGCUAACAGCUGGCAGGACACCACCAACCCCCCCUCGGUCACCUCUCCUCCCGGUCCUCCUGGCAGCGUCCACUCCGACACCUCCAACUGAUUCGGUGGCUCUCCCUGCCAUCUCUUCAUUCCCACUGCGGUCUGCUCUGACUACCAUCCUCUGUCCUCAUUUUUCACUAUUCCCUCGUCUCUCAACUAGACAGCCGCAAGAGGCUGCGCGCGCAUUUCAUAAACACCACACUGUGCUGGAACACAGGACAGCCGAACAGUAGUUAGGAGGAGUUCUCCCUCCACCCCACAGCUCCACUUCAACGCUAGAAGCUCCAGAAUAAAAAGAGGGGCGGAGCUUACUGAUGCUGAGACAGAUAGGAAACAUCUUUACUAUCAAGGACUUUUUGAAAAACCACUGACCCAGCUGUGUAGAUGAUCAUGAUGUCUGUACAUUAUGUGUAUAUGCACGUUAACUUCACACAGUACUCACACAGCUUGUCCAUGUGCUGUUGACCUCUGCACUCGACCCUUUGCUUUGGAAAACUGUGUGUGAUUGCCUGUAUCUCUUGAAGCCUUGGCGUUUGACGGCCAAACUGUUGAUACGGAUCACCAGGGAGCUCCGCUCACCUUGCUCGUACCAAAGUGCUGCCCCGGUAGUUGUCAACACAUCUGUUCCUCCGAGAUCACCCUCUGCCAACUCAACACAAGACACUGUUGUAUCUUCCAGUCCUUUAUAGCUCGGUGUUUCAUUCUGUUGGAGAUUUAAAAUAAGUGAGCUGUGCACAGACGUGCAUGCACCCCCCCUUCCAUAACACACACCUCACAACUUUUCAGUCGUUUUCACAGUGAGCUGACAUAAAAGAUGUGUCAAGCACAAAAGUUAGCAUCCUUGUUAUGGGUGUCUCUACCUGUCAAAGGGUAGUCAAGGGGAUCACUGUUCUAUACCAGGCAGGACAGGUGAUAAUAGGGCUGGUGAGAAGAGGAGGAAAGGGCAGAGAGAGGAGAAUAUCUUUGGUUGAGUGGAUGUAACUAAUAGCCCUUUUUGUUGCUAACCAAUAGAGGGUGUUGGUAGAUGGCUUGUAGACUUUACUUCUUGCUUUCUGUCCACUAGUUUAUUUGAUUGUAGGCUAUUUUCUAAUGCUGUUUCACCAAGAAUGCACCAGCCACCACCAAAAAUGAGCUCAAUAAAGCAUCUAAAUGACGUUGAAGGAGAAGGGCGGAAAGAUUGUGGGGCAUCGAUGUGUUAUUGGGACAAACGUGACAUGAAUUUAGAAACGUGACUGUCUUCCAUGCAUGUAGGACUUCUAGGCGUGAUAUUAUUGUUUUUCAUUUAACCUUCCGAGUUUUUAGCUUCGUUUUUAUUAACAAAAGAAAAAAAAAUAAAAGGGUAUAAUUAUUACAGUCAGACCAAAAAGGAAAAAGUGCAUCAUGUAUUGCUAUGAUGUGUGUGUCUCUGUGUGGGCGUGUGUACAGUGUUCUUUGGGAUGUCUUAGUCAAACUGGCUGGUGCCCUCUGACCUUUGUAAGCAUUAUAGAGACUGGGUGCUUCCACCAGCCAAUGACACACCAGGUUGGGGGGGGGGGGUUCAACUGAGAUCUCCUCCUCCCCCCC